CCCAAUCUUGAUUGCUCCCUCUCUCUCUCCUCUGUCCAUUCAUUGAAGUUACUCCGUACUUUUCUCUGAAUCUCUCUCAGAUCAUUCACGUGAUAAAAGGUUUUGCAUUUAAACCCUCCUCCUGGGAUUUUACCUCCAUCCUUAAAUUAAUCAACGACAAUUAUCUGUGUCGGCAGUGCAAAUUGGAUUCUCAUUAGGGCUCUCUCUGUCUCUUUUAUGUUUUUUUCACCCACCCAACCACUUUAUCUUCAUAUGCUCUGUUUUGCUUAUUGCUAUUCGCCAGAUCAUAUGAUUUGAUCUUUUAGUUCAGACCCAAAGUUUACUUUAAUUCCAUUUAAAUUUGUUCCUUUUUAAAACUUUUCUCGGUCUUGAAUCCAUUUUCUUUCUGCACAUUAGUUGAAAUUAAUAAUUGUUUUUAGUGAAACUGAAAUCCCACCGGUAUUUAGCGGUUAUUUUUCUGUUCUCUUUCCCCUCGAAAUUCAUCUCAGAUAGGGAGAACUAACUAAUAAUUGUGAUUUUUUUUUGGGCAUCUUGUUUAUCCAAGUUUCUUAGAUCGAAAAAAAUUUGAGUCAAUAUGUUCCCGCUCCCAAAUGUACGCCUUGAAGCUUAUAUUUAGCUCAAUUUCCAGUAUUUUCAAGAUCAAAUCUUUGCAUCAAGGUCCCUGAUCUUGGUGAUACUUGCCAAUCUUGCUUGAUCUUUGUAGAGAAGGAAGGGGAAGCGAAAAUUCUGAAAACCCUUCUUGAUUUGAAGAAAAUGGCUUCGAUUCGAUUUGAUUCAUCCAAGCAAGCUUAUGCUACUAGCAGUCUUGUGGUGGGCUAUGCAUUAUGCUCUAGUUUACUUGCUGUCAUAAACAAGUUUGCCAUAACUAAAUUCAACUACCCGGGUCUCCUCACUGCAUUGCAGUACUUAACUUCAGCUCUGGGCGUUUGGGUCUUAGGGAAAUUGGGAUUCUUGCACCAUGAUCCAUUCACAUGGGACAUUGCCAAGAAAUUCUUGCCUGCAGCUACUGUUUUCUACCUGGCAAUCUUCACAAAUACCAAUCUUUUGCGACACGCCAAUGUGGAUACUUUCAUAGUCUUUAGAUCUUGCACACCCCUUUUGGUGGCUAUUGCCGAUACUGCAUUUAGGAGGCAACCAUGUCCAUCAAAGUUGACCUUUUUAUCGUUGGUGAUUAUUCUGGGUGCCGCCAUUGGGUAUGUUGUUACUGAUUAUGGUUUUACGAUAACUGCUUAUUCGUGGGCAUUUGCAUAUAUGGUGACUAUUACGACUGAGAUGGUUUAUAUUAAACACAUGGUGACUAAUCUUGGAUUGAAUACGUGGGGUUUUGUGUUGUACAACAAUUUGUUGUCCUUGAUGAUGGCUCCUCUAUUUUGGAUCAUUACUGGAGAGUAUGUUGAAGUAUUCACGGCUUUGGGAGUGAACAGGGGAAAUCUCUUUGAGCCUGUUGCGUUUCUGGCUGUAUCGUUGUCUUGUGUGUUUGGAAUGCUUAUUAGUUUCUUUGGCUUUGCAGCCAGGAAGGCAAUAUCUGCUACCGCAUUUACUGUGACUGGUGUGGUGAAUAAGUUUCUGACUGUGGCUAUUAAUGUGUUGAUCUGGGAUAAGCAUGCUAGCCCAUUUGGUUUGGUCUGCUUGCUACUGACUAUUGCUGGUGGUGUCCUUUAUCAGCAAUCUGUUACCGGAGUUAGCAAUGCCCCAGUUCAAAGGGAAUCUGGAGCCUCUAUGUAUUCGGAACGUAAACAAAGUGAAGAUGAUCGUAGUGCAGAUGAUGUAGAAAAGGGUAUCCAGUAAAUUUUCUGGUGUAUAAGGUAUUUUGCAGCAUUGUAUGUUGCUGAAAGUGGAAUUUAGUAUGGACUUUGAUGCAUAUUCUUUUGACUUGAAUAUUCUCAUGUACUGAAUGGUAUUAUCAUUUUUGAGAAUCAUUCUAAUUUUUCUUGUUAAUUUGGUUUAACAAUGAUCAAUUAUAUUAUCACUA